UUAUUAAUUAACAGCGCACAUUACGGACCUCAUGUUGUGGUAAACGCAGGUGGAACUGAGAAGAAAGAAAAUGGUGACUCUUUACGAUGCUCUCGGAUUGGAGUGGAUUGACAGCCUCAGCAUUUUGAUAUUUAUCAGUGUCUUUCUGCUACUGAGUGAUAUUUUGAAGAACAGGAGGCCGAAAAACUUUCCUCCUGGCCCCCGGGAUCUUCCUUUCAUUGGGGAUCUUCAUCGAAUCCAACCAGCCAGACUUCACCUGCAGUUCACGGAGUUUGCAGAGAAAUAUGGCAACGUUUUCAGCCUUCGUCUCUUCGGUGGAAGGAUUGUGAUCAUUAAUGGCUACAAACACGUGAAAGAAGCCUUGGUGCAACAAGGGGAAGACUUCACAGAUCGGCCUGAUAUUCCCUUGUUUAAGGAACUAAUGGAAAAUAAAGGUAUUGUGAUACCAAAUGGAUAUUUAUGGAAACAGCAGAGGAGAUUCGCUCUUCAUACACUCAGAAACUUUGGUCUGGGCAAGAAAACCCUGGAGAUCUUCAUCCAACAGGAGUGUCGAUACCUAGCUGAAGCUUUUGCAGAUCAGCAAGAUCAGCCUUUCAGUACCCAGCCAUUAAUAUAUAAUGCUGUGUCCAACAUCAUCUGCUGUUUGGUGUUUGGGAAUCGAUUUGAGUAUGCUGACAAGCGGUACCAGAGUAUUCUCCACUGUUUGAAUGAGAUUGUACGCUUGCAGGGAGGUUUUGUGGUGCAGAUGUACAACACAGUACCUUGGCUUAUGAAGUGGCUUCCUGGAUCUCAUCAGAAAAUAUUUGCUCUGUUCAAAACAAUAAGAGACUUUGUAGAAAUCAAGAUUAAAGAACACAAAGAGACCAUUGACCCAUCAUCUCCAAGAGACUACAUUGACUCCUUCCUCAUUGAGAUGGAAAAGAAUCCGGACAAAGAUGCUGGUUUUGAUCUCGACAAUUUGUGUUUUUGCACUCUCGACCUGUUUCUAGCUGGAACUGAAACCACCAGUACUACUUUAAACUGGGGGAUGCUGUACAUGAUCUACUACCCUGACAUACAAGAGAGAGUCCAGGCUGAAAUAGAUGCCGUGAUUGGUUCCUCCAGACAGCCCUCGAUGUCUGACAGAGAAAACAUGCCCUACACCAACGCAGUCAUCCACGAGAUCCAGAGAAUGGGCAACAUCGUCCCGCUCAAUGUGGCUCACAUGACAAGCAAGGACACAGUCCUAGGUGGAUACACAAUUCCAAAGGGCACCAUGGUCCUACCUACACUGAACUCGGUCCUACAUGAUGAGUCAAUGUGGGAAACUCCACACACUUUCAACCCUCAACACUUCCUGGACCAGGAUGGUAAAUUCAGGAAGAGAGAGGCUUUUCUACCUUUUUCUGCAGGUCAACGUGUGUGUCUCGGGGAGCAGCUGGCCAGGAUGGAGUUAUUCCUCUUUUUCACCUCCCUCCUUCAGAGGUUUUCUUACUCUGCUCCUGCUGGAGAGCAGCCUAGUCUGGAGUUCAAGCUGGGAGGCAUCCGAGGCCCCAAACCUUACCGCCUCUGUGUUGUAUCACGUUGAAACAUCAACUUUCCCAAAUUGAUGACAAAGAGUCACGAUGUCCUGCUACAUGUGUUUUGUAAUGAAAAUGGUAAAGAAAAUGGUUUGUUUCAUUGUUCAAGGUCCACUAAACAGGAAAAUAAAGUACAGUGGAGUCAG